AUGUGGGAUUCCAGUUAUGGCUGGGGCGACUAUAGCAGAUCUGUCAGCCAUCUCGUAGGUCCUCAAUAUGGGGUGGAAGAUGACUUUCCGGACAAUCCUUUCCAGCAGGGACAUGCGCAUACACAUAUCCGCCAAGGAAACCAGAUAUCAGCGAGUGAACAGGACAUUCCAGGAAACGCCGCAUCCGACGAUGAUGAUUUCAAGAUCAUUCCAGGUUUAUCUCGUGACAGCAGAGGCUGUCAACGGAAUACACAUUCAGACAUGUCGCAGACACCGAAGAGCUUUUCAGAUCGACAGGAUGUUCCGCAGGACAGCUCAUCCGCUGAUGAUGAUAUUUUGAUCGACCCAAGCACAACUCCCGAUCACAGAGACCGUCAACGCAGUCCGUCUCUCGAACAAAAAGUUCACGUGAAAGCCAAGGCGACAGUUGUCCAACAAGAGGCCGAAAGCUCCUCAGUCGCGUAUGCUAGUGAGGACUUGUCUGAAGACAUCAAGAUCCCGGCCGUUAGCGCUGCAUCUCCUGAUGUUCAGAGGAGUCGGUCUCCCAUCAUGACCAUGACUCAGAUCCGAGAGGAGUACGUUUCUCCUCAUCUCGCCCACAAGGCGGACGCUUAUGCUCCUCGUCAAAAUGGCCGUAGAACACCCGAGAUAUCGAGCCAAAUCAUUGGAAACAAGCGAACCAGGAAGCCCAAGUCAAGCGAGAUCUUGGUCGAAAAGAGACAGAAGACUGACACAAGUCCUCCGAAGCUGUGUCUGGCAACAACUAACAUGCCGAGGAAAACAAUCGACGAGUUGAGCGAAGGAGUACGGCUGAAUAGCGAGCUGCAGAUUCAGUGGAAGGAUCUUUGCUACAUGGUGAUAUUUGAGGCUCCCAACCAUUCCACCAACCUGAAGCAACUCCACAAUAUCGUCACGAAAUGGCUACGCAAUACCUUUCCAACUCAUACAUCCAUCCACAACCAGGCAGAUAUACACUACUUGGAAAUAAUCAUGCGGGUCUCUCAUCAGAUCAAAUGCCAUGUUCGAAGCAAACCGAGCAAGUUGAUCAAUCCCAUAGACUUCUCCAUCCGCAAAGAUGCCGUUGCUACAGUCGAAAGCAUGGUAAAAGCCUUCAGAAUCGACCUCGCAACAUUCAAAUACCAAAUGUGCAUGCUCAAAUACAGAACCCCCGGCACAAAACCUCGUCCUGGAAUCACAUUCGAGAAUCUCAUCGGCAUGGCUCUCCGUCAAGCCAAAACCAGAUUCCUGAGUCAAGAACAACUCAUACACUGGAUUCGCACAAAUGUACCUGGCUAUAACUGCGAUGCGUGGAUGCAAGGGAUGUUGGAGGAGUUGAUUGGUUCGUCCUUCUUCAAGCGGAGGAAUUCUGGCAAAGGCAAAGAUCAGUGGACUUUUAGGAAGGAGUGUGAGCAAUUUUUCGAGAACAAGGAUUUUGGAAGGGUCUCUUGUGGGAAGGAAGGUUGUGAGAUGAUGCACAAGUCCAGAGUCUGA